GUAAGGGACGCGCUGAGGCAGAGCCUGCAGGCUCAGGGCUUGUUCUUCGUCGCUGUCUGGGCUGGGGCCUGGGCCAGCAGCUGCCGCCGCCCGGCCCGGGCCGAGGAGCAGUAACGUGGGGAGGGGGCGCGGCUACCCCCACGCAGUGACACCGGCCUUGUCAGAGCGUCUUCCCGCCGCCGCCCCGCGCUCCAGGGCCAGUUCCCGGGACGCGCGAGGGCCCCGCUUCCGGGCAGGCCACGCCCACCUCCGCUGAGCCCCGCUGCAGCGCCCCCCACCCCGCGCAGGCGCAGUGCGAUCUCGGGCGGCGUGUCAUGGCGGCGGCUCUGAGCGGGAUGUUUACAAACCAGCCGCCGGGAGCGCCUCCCCCUCCGCUCCCUCCCGGCGGCCCUGGCCAGGCCGGGCUCCUCCCGGCCGCCGCGGGACCGCGCAACCCCAACAGCACGCUGGUGGACGAGCUAGAAGCGUCCUUUGAGGCUUGCUUUGCUUCACUUGUGAGUCAGGAUUAUGUGAAUGGCACAGAUCAGGAAGAAAUUAGAACUGGUGUUGAUCAAUGUAUCCAGAAAUUUCUGGAUGUUGCGAGACAAACUGAAUGUUUUUUCCUACAAAAAAGAUUACAUCUGUCUGUCCAGAAACCAGAGCUAGUUAUUAAAGAGGAUGUUUCAGAAUUGAAAAAUGAAUUGCAGAGGAAAGAAGCACUAAUUCAGAAGCAUUUGGGUAAACUGCGUCACUGGCAGCAGGUUCUAGAAGACAUGAAUGUACAACACAAAAAACCUGCAGAAAUGCCUCAAGGACCAUUAGCUUAUCUAGAACAGGCUUCUGCAAAUAUUCCUGCACCCAUGAAGCAAACAUGAUUAAGAAAGAUAUUUGAAUUUAGAUCUUUUAGUAUUUUAACUUAAAGUGAAAUGUAAUAUUGAUCUUUCUACCUUGUAUAAUAUGUGAUGUAAUUUGUAAUAUAAAAAUAGUUUUAUACUACGACAGUGGGACACAACUAAGAAUAAAAUAAAUGGGGCAGAAUCUGUAGUUUAAUUUUUAUCAAAGUAUGGAUUGUUUUUACAUUCAAACUGAACAAAUGCUCAUGUAUGUCUUGUAUUGUAGUCAGAAUAUACUUGCAUAGAAUAUGCUAAAAACCCCUCCUAUUACUUGGGAAACUGACAGAGCAGUCCUAAUGCAGCUAUAGUCCAGUUAAGGCACUAAUGAUACACAAGUACUUGCAGAGUUUAUUUGUUCAUCUCAAGUGUAGCCUUAUAUACAGUUUUCAUUGUGAGUGUUUCUAAUCAUGUAGCAUCCUAUGAUUCUGGAGAAAUAGUGCAGACUUUUUAUUGGUUGGUCAAAUAACUCAAAGCAAGGAUUUUCUGUUGAGCUCUACUGCUAUCUAUGGCACAGGCACUUGCCUUCGCUUGGGAUGGAGGGGGGAGAAUGUAUUUUAAAUGUGUUUAAAAAAUACAUCUCUUUUCCUAGUGUAGACAUGGCCAGAAGGAGCUAUGGGAUGUUGGUGCUAUUGGGAAAAUGUUCUGGCAUCUGAUGCUUUUAAAAACUUGUAGGAGAGCUUCCUGUUGGAAAGGGAUAGAGAUGUGGUUAAUAUUUCCCAGUCAUCCUCCAUCUAAGCAUAAUGCCUGGCAUUUUCUACCCUUCCCAUGGCCUGUUUCUACAAAUGUAUGGUGCCUUCUUUUCCUCCUGAAACUAUACCCACUCAGUUUAAAGGUUUGGCACCCUGGGAGAAUGUUGUUGGCUUUCCUCAUCAAAGCAGAUUUAGCUGAAGUAGCUAGAAAUGGAGUGUUAUCAGUUUCAGGCUGCUGCAGCUGACAUGAAAAGCCGGUGGAGAAGUACUGCCUGAUUGUGUACUAUUGGCUAAUUAGCUGUGACAUUGUAAGUGAGGGAACCAGACAGCUUGUCUGCUCUGUGCUUGCCAUUGUGCUCUCAGAGCAUUGCUGCAGGAGAGAAUGUAAACUCAAACUCCCUUCCCUUUAGAGAGUAGGUUUAAAUUAACUUCACUGUGCCAUAAGUGGAGAGAAGCUGCAACGCAGGAGAAAUAACUCCCAACUUCUGGAGCUAAAUGUUCUUUCAAGUCCUCUCUUCGAACCACUGACUUAAGGAACCCAUCUGAUUUACUUGGACAGUAUUUGAAGUUUCCCAUUUUCCUGUAGGGACUGCUACCUAUUUUCACACAAGGAAUGGGCAGGCUGCCACAAAGUAAGUCAGGCUUUGGCUACACUUGCACUUCAAAGCGCUAAGUGUAGUCAAAGCGCCAGCGCUGGGAGAGAGCUCUCCCAGCACUGUCUGUACUCCACCUCCCUGUGGGGAAUAACGUACAGCGCUGG